ACCACCACAAACACCACCACCACCACCCCACCGCCACAAUGAUAUUAUAUAUUUUCCUCCACCUUCUUCUUCCUUCCCUACAUACAUACCAAACGCCGUCGUUUUGAUCUCUUUAGAUAAAUAAUAUUUUUAAGGUUUCUUACGACCUGCUCCAAGAUAUCUUCUUCUUUUUUAAUUUUUCCCUUUCGUUCAGAUCUGAUUCCGAAUAGUGAUUGAACAGUGCUGUUUGGAUCAGAUCUUUUUUGGCUAAGUUUUGAAAACUUGUUUGAUGGACAAUGACCGUUCCAAUGAAUAAUACUUUGGGUAAUUCAUCAAGGGAGCGUGCUCAACAUCAUUAUACCAAGAUUCCCGAGCUGGAUAGCAAGUGUAGAAAAGCAGCACAAGCAAAAAUUCCAUCAGAUUCUAAUGCUUGGCAGCAAAUGCGAGAUAAUUAUGAGUCAUUUCUUCUUGAUGACCAUGAGUUAUCAGAACAGCAUGAGAUCGAAUGUGCUCUGUGGAAUUUACAUUACAAGCGUAUUGAGGAGUUUCGUGGACACUAUAAUACUGCCCAAGCUUCUGCUAAAGGUCCUCUACGUUCAGGGCCUAAUGGAAUCACCAAAAUUCGUUCCCAGUUUAACACCUUCCUCUCAGAUGCUACUAGAUUCUAUCAUGAUUUGAUGGUGAAAAUUAGGGGAAAAUAUGGUUUAUCUUUGGAUUAUAUGUUAGAUGAUUCACAAAAUAAUAUUGACGGGAACAAAUCCAUUGAUGUGAAGAAAGGUUUGAUGUCUUGCCAUCAAUGCUUCAUUUACCUAGGGGACCUUGCUCGUUACAAAGGUUUGUAUGGGGAAGGUGACUCAAAAUCUCGAGAAUUUGCUGCAGCAUCAAACUACUAUAAGCAAGCUGCUACCCUUUGGCCUUCAAGUGGCAAUCCUCAUAACCAGCUUGCUAUCUUGGCUUCCUACUCUGGAGAUGAACUGUUGUCCAUUUAUCAUUAUUUCCGAAGUUUAGCAGUUGACGCUCCUUUUAUCACCGCUAGAGAGAAUUUGAUCAUUGCUUUUGAGAAGAAUCGUCAAAUUUACUGUCAGUUGCUUGGGGAUUUAAAACCUACCUCUACCAAGAAGGCACCAUCACGGAUGAAUGGCAAAGGAAGAAACAGAGGUGACAUGCGGGUAUCUCUAAAAGAUAGGAAAAAAGAACCUACUAGUGUUGAAGAUAAAGAACUAAAUGGAAUUCUUAAAACUUUCUGCACGCAAUUUGUCAGACUAAAUGGAAUUCUUUUUACUCGCACAAGCCUGGAAACUUUCGAAGAAGUGUUUUCUUUUGCUCGAAGAAAGUUUCUCCAACUACUAUGUUCCGGAUGCGACGAUGAGGUUUUAUGCUUUGGUUCAGAUUUUAACGAGUGCAAACUCUUCAUAACUAGGUUCACAUCGCUCAUGAUAUUCACCGUCUACAAUGCUAAUAAGGACACCGAAAAUCAAUCAUAUACUGAGAUUCUUCAACGUUCAGUUGUGCUUCAAAAUGCACUUAGUGUCAUGUUUGAUUUCAUGGCACUCAUAGUGGAUAGAUGCGUCCAACUCAAUGAUCCUUUUGGAAGCUUUUUACUCCCUGGGAUAAUGAUUUUUGUUGAAUGGUUAGCCUGUUGUCAGGAUGUAGUUGUCACCAAUGAACUCGAGGAGAAGCAAGCCGCCGCUAGAUCCCUGUUUUGGAACCAUUUUGUUUCUUUUCUUAACAAGAUAGUAUCAAGUGGUUCCGAGAAUGAAGAUAAAACUUGUUUUUACAACUUGAUUAAGUAUGAUGAAGUUGAAACAAAUAGUCUUGCAUUGCCCGAGGACUUUGAAUUGAGAGGAUUUCUUCCACUUGUUCGUGCUCACCUGAUUCUUGAUUUUUCAAGAAAAAAUUAUUUUGGAGGUGAUGAAACCAAUGAAAAGAUUGCACGAGUGCAACGGAUUUUAGCGGCUGGAAAGGCUCUAGCUACUAACUUACAAAUUGGGCAGCAAGGAAUCUAUUUCGAUGUGAAAUCUAAGAAAUUCUUCUUCGGUGUGAAACCACCAAAUGCCAAUGAAGUUUCAGUUAUAAAUGGAGAAAGUGAAGAGGAAGAUGAGGUUAUUGUUUUCAAGCCUGCUGUGUCUGAGAAUCAUUAUGAUGGUUUUUCUUCAAAGCUGACAUCAUCUAGGGGUAUCAUUGGCGAUGGCACUGAUUCCUUAAUGUCACAUGGUAGCUUUCCUUCUGAGCCACCUGCAUCAUCCGUUGAUGGAAAUAUGCAGUAUUUGCAAUUUGUACAGCCAAACACAUCAAAAUGGAUGGGCGGUGAGGAUUUGAUUGAAAAUGGUGUCUCAAAUCUGAAUUUGUUUGGGAAUGGACAUCAUACAAAACCAGAGAGGCAAGUGAGUUUAGGAUAUUUGAAGUCCAGGGGUUUUGGUUCUUCUCCUAGGCAUUCAUUUCAGGAUCCUGAAACUGAGAUACCAUCCAAAUUUGAUUCUGUUAUGACUUCAGCACAUGGUUUUGAUAUCAUUCCUUCAAACACGAAAUUUCAUAAGAGUCCAGUAAGCCGACCUGUCCGGCACUUUGGUCCACCACCUGGCUUUAACACUCCCGCUCCUAAAUCUACAAAUGAGCCCCUGCCCAAUGUAAAUUUAAAAGGCAAUCAAAACUUAAGCCCAGCUUUGGACGAUUAUAGUUGGCUAGAUGGCUACCAGCUACCUUACUCAGCCUGCAGCGAGGGAUUUGGUAAUUCUUUCAAUUGCUUACCACAACCAAACAAGCUUUUGAACACACACAAGACUUCAUUGGGAAUGGAAAGCUUUCCAUUCCCUGGUAAACAAGUUUCUUCAAUGCCGGAUGGCAUUGGAAAUGGGAUGCAGAAUGGCUGGCUAGAGUAUCGGAUUCCUGAACAUCCGAGUUUUCAUCAAGAAUCAGCUAAAAAAGGUAAUGAACAGUAUAUUGCGGUGCCUCAGCAAUAUCAAGGACAAUCGUUGUGGGAAGGUCAAUUUUUUGUGUGAUGAUUAUGGAGCUUAGAUGGUGUUGAACAAUCUACUAAGGUGGAUCAUGUGAAGUGGCCUGGUAUGACCAGUUCAGCCAUCAGAUAUGCCAUGUGGUUUAUGUUUAAACUAUUAAUUGGAGCGAGCAUGGAUGAUUUGGAUUAUUGCAGGCACCUGCUUGCUGAAUAGGUGCCGAGUUUUCCAGAUUUGAUGAAUGAAAUUAUUGGCAAGACAUGAUAAAUUGAACAUGGUUGGAAGUCACCAGCUGGAUUUGGAUUGGACAUGUUCGAGGAUGAUAUAGCAACUGGAAAGUAUGGUUUACUGUUGAACAAUAUUACUUAGUAGUUUAUCCUACAACUUUAAUGAAUUUUCUCAUGAAGAAAACAUUAGAAGUCAACUUUGUGUCAGCAGGUUUUAUCUUAUGUUGCGAGUGUUUAAAACAUGUUAUUCGUAAGUUACUGCUUUUGUUAAAUAAUGGUGAGAAUAAGCGAGAUGUUACUCUACAA